CUGACAAUUUCGUUUCCAGUCACCUGGCUCGAUUUCACUCCAUCCUGGUGUACGCGAUAUGGCCGAAAGAAGCUGUCAAAAGAAGCAGUACCAAAGUCCGAAAGUUGCAUGAGGUUAUGUGUAAAGCUAAAUCCUUACUGCAAAGCAGUGGAGUGGUGGACGAAAGCCGGCGGUUUGUGCUUUGAAUGUACUCGGCCAUCAUGGAUGAGACGGUACAAGGAUGCCAGUGAUCUCGCUAACCCACCGCAUGUGUUCAUUGAAAAACUUGGUAAGAUUGUCAUAAAAGAUAUCAUUGGCCGUGGAUGUGUAUCCUAGGGGGACUCCCAUAUGAAAGAGGCGGGGAUGAUGGUCGGAAAUUUUUAUUAAACCCCUAAAAGAGACCAAUCUGGGCGUGGUUCGACCUCUUUUUGACCCCUAAAAGAGACCAUUUUGUGGACAAAGACAUUUUGUUACAAUCUUCUCUCGGUAUUGAUGUUAUAAAAAACUUUGAUUACGUGAAUCGAAUAAAUAAAACGAAUUGAAAAUAUAUAAUUUUUUUAUAUUUCUUCGCGAGCAAUCCUAAAGCGACCUUUACGGCUAACAUUAGUGGCGUUUUGCCAGAACACCCUAAGUUAGACCAUAAUCCGACAUUUACACCCCUAAGCAAGACGACGAGAAUCCCCGGCCCUUUCAUAUGGGAGUUCCCCCAGGAAUGUGUAUAAAAAGUUUUGUUUAUCGUUUGUCCCACGUUAGCCACUAAGCAACUGAUUCGCAGCGUUUCGAUCUCGUACUGCUAGCAUUCCCAUCAUUCCAUAAUGUCGAUUUACUGAGUGUGUUUAGGAACGUUAAGAUCCAACGACGUGACGGCAACAACAACGUUGCUUAACCAGUGAAUUAGCCUUAUUUCAGUUUUUAUCGUGAUUAUUCCCACCCACUUAGUUCGUUAAAUGCACGCAAAAACUCCUAAAGUUGAAUUCCAACGGACUAUAUCCAAGUUCAACAGGGAAAAUAAGACUUCGCCGUUGCUGGUUUAAAUUCUCCCUGUAACGCGAAAUUAGGCAUUUUCACGUCGUAGUCAUGCAAAAACGGCAAAGAAAUGUACAUAAAAAGAGUGCUUCAGGUGCAAAAUUGUUGUUUUGCUUAUUUUACCAAUUGCUUUUUUAUACUCUUUAAAAAGUCCCUUUCUUGUCCCUUUUAUUAGUACCACUGCGGUUGAUUGUGAUUGGUGUACCACGAACCUUUCUCAUGGCUGCCUGUGGCUUUCGAGCCAAAGCGUUGUUGGCAUAAUUAGUUCCUCUCAGCGGUCUGUUUUGGUACCGAUUGGUUUUUGUGUUGUCUUAUCGUAAGCACCAACAAUUUUACAGGAAUCUCUAUUCUACUGCCCCUGUUAAUGUUUUUAAGGGUUAAGUGUUUUUUGAAUAGCCUCUAUAUGCUUUAACCAACCGCAACUGCAAUUCUUUAAAAAAACUUAAAAAGUUGCUUGAAAGUAAUUGAUGGACUUACGGACUGCCAUUAUUUUUCACUAGUUAAUACUUGUCAAUCCAGUCCUUGUAAAAACGGAGCAACUUGCACGCAAACGGAAAUUCCACAAAGAUACGAAUGUACAUGCAGACUUGGUUACAAAGGAGUCAACUGCGAGACAGGUAUCGUAGUGAAGGUUUUGUAUUGCCUUGCUCAUCUUCUAGAGUCCGGCUUGUUAUAAAUUCAAAGGAAAAAGAAAUAAAAAAAUAUAUUACCUGAUAGAUUGCGAAUAACGAAAGUGAGAGUUUUCGGGAACUCAGAAAUGGCCUGCAUAAAGUGUAAUUUUCAAUACAAAUAGGAAGAGCAUGCCGAUAAUUUUACCCACUACUUGGUUUCGAAAUGAAUUUCCCGCUAUGUCGCCUUUUCAACCGCUGGUUUACAUCCCGGAUCUUAAAUAAACCGACUGUGUGAGUCAAUUACAAAUUCCGUGGUCAUAGCUUGAAUGGACUUUUCCUAGCUACAUCUCUAUUACCAAAGUUAGGGACUCCUGCUAUUACCGAUGGACAGAAAUUUAUGCACUACUAUGCGAGUCGAUGGCAAGUUCAAGUUGAUGAUGUCAUCUAGAUCCCUCCCGGGUGGAAUUGUAUUUUCAGACAUAUACAUAGGGUCAAUAUAAUAAAUGGCUGUUUGGCUAAACGGACUCUGGUACAUUGUAAGACUUAUUAGAAAUAAUAAGUGUCGUGCAUCAUUUUCGUACAGACAUUAACGAGUGUGCUUAUCACAAUGGCGGAUGUUCACACAACUGCAAAAAUACAAAUGGCAGUUACCAUUGCUCGUGCCCAGACCCCGAGCUGAAUUUGGCACUGGAUAAUCAUUCAUGCAUUGGUGAGUACUCUGUGAUUUUAAAUAAGGGGCGUUAUGUGAAG